AUGGCAGACCGCGGCGGGAGAGGCGGACGCGGCCGGGGCGGAGACCGGGGCGGCUACUCUGACCGGGGCGGCCGCGGAGGCUAUCGGGGCCGAGGCGACGGCUAUCGCGGAGGCGGCUUCCGCGGCGGUCGCGGGGGCCGGCCGCGCGACACGACGACUGAACUGGCCUACAACGUCAAUGGAUCCUUCCCGCCGCCCGACCCUGCCGUCACGGCCCUCGAGGACCGCCUCAUCAAGACGCAGGCGUCGUCGGCCGCCGGCCUCGCUGCGCAGAUGGCAAAGGCCAACAUCCAGGCGGCCCCCCUCCAGGCCCGGUCCACCGACGUGUUUCCGCUGCGGCCGGCCUUUGGCACAAACGGCCAGCCCGUGACACUGUGGUCCAACUACUUCAACGUCAACUUCAAGCCCAUGGUGCUGUACAAGUACACGUUUGAGUUUGUCCAGGUCGGCUCCGAGACGUCGUCGGGCGAGCCGUCCCAGUCGGCCAAGGCCGCGAGCCGCGAGGUCAAGGGCCGCAAGCUCUACUUUGCCGUGCGCGAGCUGCUCGCCACCCUCAAGGCCGCCGACAAGACGCUGGUGCUUGCCACCGAGUACAAGAGCCAGCUCGUCUCGCUCCAGAAGCUCAAGCUGGCCGAGAACCCGCUGCGGUUCCGGCUCGCCGUCGAGACCAGCGGCGACAAUUGGGACGUCAUCGAGGCCACCAUCCACGGCCCGACCGAGGCGCCCCUCGACGCCCUGCUCAAGUACGUCGGCUCCAUGAGCGAGGGCCCCGUCGACGGCCUCUUCCCCAAGUACCCGGACGUCGUCGACGCCCUUAACGUCGUCCUCGGCCACGGCCCGCGCUCCAAGCUGCAUGACAUCUCGGCCGUCGGCAGCGCCCGCUUCUUCCCCUUUGGCAGGGACGAGGCCGCCACCGACCUGUUCCAGGACUGGCACCAGCUCAUCGCCGCCCGCGGCUUCUUCCAGUCGGCCCGCCUCGGCACCGGCCGCCUGCUGCUCAACGCAAACGUCAGCCACGGCGUCUUCCGCGCCGCCGGCCGCCUCGCCGACCUCUUUGACCGCUUCCAGAUCCGCCCGACGCAGGCCUUUGACAACCAGGCCAUGCGAAAGAUCAAGGCCUUUGCCAAGUUCAUGCCCAAGACGCGCGUCUGGGCCGAAAUCACGCUGUCGACGGGCGAGGCGAAGCCCGCCGACGGCAAGCCGCUCAAGUUUGCGCCCAACUACGAGUAUCCGGGGCCCAAGCAGGUGCAGUUCUUCCUCAACGACGGCAAAGGCGGCGGCCAGUACAUUUCCGUCUUUGACUACUUUAAGAUGAAGUACAAGAAAACGCUCAAGGACUACCCGCUGGUCAACCUCGGCCGCUCCGACAAGCCGACGCUGUUCCCUGCCGAGGUCAUCGAGAUCCAGCCGGGCCAGUCGGUCAAGGCGCGCCUCACCAUGAACGAGACAACGGCCAUGCUGGACGUGGCAUGCCGCUCGCCCUACUCCAACGCGACGUCCAUCAGCGCCGACGGCCGCAAGACGCUCGGGCUCGAUGACAACGGCCUCAGGCCCUUUGGCAUCUCGGUCGACAAGAGCCUCCUCACGGUCCGCGGCCGGGUGCUCAACGUGCCCAUGAUCAGCUACCUCAACAAUCAGCAGAAGCGGUCCGACGUGUCGCCCUUCAACGGCAGCUGGAACAUGCGCAACGUGCGCGUGGUCAAAGCCGGGGCCAUGAUUGAGCGCUGGACCUUUCUCAACGUCAUGAAGCGCAGCGACAGCCCCAUCAUCGAGGUGUCGGCCAUGAAGGACUUUGCCAAGUUCCUGGGCAGCAACAUGGGCAUCCGCAUCAAGGACUCGCCCCAAGUGCCGGGCGACGGCAAGAUGUUUACGAGCUGGGAGCGGGCCAUGGGCGACGGGCUCGAAAACUUCUUCACGUGGGCCAAGAACAGCCGGAUCCAGUACGUCUUCUUUGUCCUCACGGAAAAGGACAGCCAGGGCCUGUACUCGAAGAUCAAGAGCCUCGGCGACUGCACCUUUGGCAUCCACACGAGCGUCGUCACGUCCAAGCACCUGCUCAAGCCCAACAACUUCAUUUUCUACGCCAACGUCGGCCUCAAGGUCAACCUCAAGGCCGGCGGCGUCAACCACCGGCUACGCGAGGACGUGGGCUUGCUCAAGGAGGGCAAGACCAUGGUGGCCGGCUACGACGUGACGCACCCGACGAACAUGACGACGGCCCGCGACGCGUGCGAGGCGCCCAGCCUGGUCGGGCUCGUGGCCAGCAUCGACAAGGACCUGGCCCAGUGGCCGGCCUGCUCGUGGGAGCAGCCGUCCAAGCAGGAGAUGCUGAGCGCGCACCUCGUCGACGCCUUCAAGUCGCGCCUCGAGCUGUGGCAGAAGCACAACCAGGGCGCCCUGCCCGACAACAUCGUCAUCUUCCGCGACGGCGUGUCCGAGGGCCAGUUCUCGCAGGUGCUCGAGCUGGAGCUGCCGUCGAUCCGCCAGGCCUGCCGCGCCAAGUAUCCGGCCAAGGCGUCGCCGCCGCGCCUGACCAUUGUCGUCUCGGUCAAGCGCCACCAGACGCGCUUCUUCCCGACCAGCAGCGACGUCAUGUCCGACUCGGGCAACAUCCGCAACGGCACCGUCGUCGACCGCGGCGUCACCCAGGCCCGCUACUGGGACUUCUUCCUGACGGCCCACCACGCCCUCAAGGGCACCGCCCGCCCGGCCCACUACACCGUCAUCCUCGACGAGAUCUUUCGCCAAAAGUACAAGGCCACGGCCGCCAACGAGCUCGAGCGCCUCACCCACGAGCUGUGCUACCUGUACGGCCGCGCCACAAAGGCCGUCAGCAUCUGCCCGCCCGCCUACUACGCCGACAUUGUGUGCGAGCGCGCCCGCGCCCACCGGCCCGAGAUCUUCGAGGCGAGCGACACCGACAGCGUCUCCACCACCGGCAAGACCGCGCCCGCCGCGAGCCGCCAGGUCCACGAGACGCUGCAGGACACCAUGUACUACAUCUAG